ACUGUAUCUUUUUAUUCAUUAACAUCUUUCGCUUUCAGACAAAUGCUGUAAAGAUGAAAUUAAUUUUCUUUGUUGCGCUCUUCUCUUUUGCUUUGAUCUUCAUAAAGCCAUGUGCAGGCCAAGACUUGAUUAUCGGACAACCUAUUCCAAUUCCUGCAGCCAAUGGUUUCGAUUGUACUAACAGAACUCAGGCAUUCUGUAGUACAUGUAACUCAAUUGUCUUUUGCAUGGGUGAAAAUCAGUUAACAACAGUUUGCACAGGUACUAAUAGGUACUGUUACGAUAACAGCGGAACACAAGAUGCAGUUUGUGUUGCUGAUGAAAACGCUAAUGUCAAUUGUCUGCCUUCAAUCAAAUUUGUCUGCACAGAUGUAGGAUUCUUCCCAAAUCCAACUGAUUGUACCAAAUUUUACUAUUGCUCUGCUGUAAAUGGUCAAGCUCAGCCAUAUUCAUGCGGAGCUCCAGGAUGGGUCUAUACCGGUUCAGGUAUUACCUGCAAGAAACAGGUUCACACCAAGGACUGUGCAAUACUUGACUGCCUUAAAUCUCCUGGGGGAACCAUUGCCUAUGCAGCAGAUCCGACAGUAUUUGCUGUAUGUGGAGGUAUUCAACCUGAUGGAAGUCAAGAUAUGUUCGUUUUCCGUUGCAAGUACGGAGAAGUUUACGAUUCAGCAAAGAAAAAUUGUGCAUUUAAGUGUUCGGCUGAAGGGUACUUUGCUAAUGGACGAGACCCUAAUUCCUACUACUUAUGCUACCGGGUUGGCAUUUCCAUUGAAUAUAUCCUGAUAACCUGUCCUCUAGGACUGAAGUUCGAUGCCGUACGAAAGGAAUGUGUUACUUAAUCCUGCAUAGUGUUGAUCAUAAAUUUUCUUAUUUGUGGAUACAUGUAAAAUAAUCAAAAAUCAAAAAAAUAUUA